CCAACUCAAAACCUUUAAACCCAAAACCCAUUAUAUAUAAGCGCAUUGGAAAACUAGUAUCAGCUGAAAAGAAAAAAGAUCUUCCCUUUGCUCCUUUUCUUCUUCAGAUACUUCAGCCAUGGCGUUCCCUUAUAUGGAAGCUGUUGUCGGGUUUAUGAUCUUUAUGUACUUCUUUGAAACUUACUUGGAUAUACGACAACAUAAGGCACUCAAACUUCCUACUCUUCCAAAGACUUUAGAAGGCGUAAUCAGCCAAGAUAAAUUUUUGAAAUCCAGGGCCUACAGUCUUGAUAAAAGCUACUUCCAUUUUGUUCACGAGUUUGUAACAAUACUGAUGGACUCCACAAUCUUGUACUUUCGGGUGUUGCCCUGGUUUUGGAAGAAAUCAGAACAUUUGGUGACAUUAGUAGGUCUGAAUGCAGAAAAUGAAAUAUUGCAUACCCUUGGUUUUUUAGCUGGUGUCAUGAUCUGGUCACAGAUAACUGAUUUGCCUUUCUCUCUGUACUCAACUUUUGUGAUUGAGGCCCGUCAUGGUUUUAACAAGCAAACAAUAUGGUUAUUCUUUAGGGACAUGAUCAAAGGAAUGUUGAUAGCCAUUGUAAUUGGUCCACCUAUUGUGGCUGCAAUUAUUGUAAUAGUGCAGAAAGGAAGUCCUUACCUUGCUAUCUAUCUAUGGGGAUUCAUGCUUGUUCUUUCUCUUGUGAUGAUGACAAUUUAUCCAGUCCUGAUAGCUCCACUUUUCAACAAAUUCACCCCACUUCCUGAAGGUACACUCAGGGAGAAAAUUGAGAAACUUGCUGCCUCUCUCAAGUUUCCAUUAAAGAAGUUGUUCGUUGUUGAUGGAUCAACUAGGUCAAGCCACAGUAAUGCCUAUAUGUAUGGAUUCUUCAAGAACAAGCGGAUUGUCUUAUAUGACACAUUGAUUCAGCAGUGCAAAAAUGAUGAUGAAGUUGUAGCUGUUAUUGCCCAUGAACUGGGGCAUUGGAAGCUUAACCACACUGUGUAUUCGUUUGUUGCAGUGCAGGUUCUUACACUAUUGCAAUUUGGCGGAUAUACUCUUGUGAGGAACUCAAGCGACCUGUUUCGAAGUUUUGGAUUUGAUACACAGCCAGUCCUCAUUGGACUAAUCAUAUUUCAGCAUACUGUAAUCCCCAUCCAGCACCUUGUGAGCUUUGGUCUGAAUCUCGUGAGCCGAUCAUUUGAAUUCCAGGCUGAUGCUUUCGCCAAGAAGCUUGGAUACGCAGAUGAACUACGGGCAGGCCUUGUGAAACUACAGGAGGAGAAUCUAUCAGCUAUGAACACAGAUCCAUGGUACUCUGCAUAUCACUACUCUCAUCCUCCUCUUGUUGAACGGUUGGCUGCGAUCGACGAAUCAGAUAAGAAGGAAAAAUAGGGAAAACAAACUAUAGGUGAAGAGAUUCAAAGCUUCAUUGUACUCUAACUUGCUAUGAAUGAGUGCUACAAUUUGUUUGUGUAGUAUAUAGGUUUCAAUAGCAAUGCUUUGAUGCAGAGUUCAAAGUUGAAUCUAAAUGAUUAAGGCUCAGAUUAGAGUGAGAGGAAAAUAGAAAUGCCUUGGCUGUGAAAUGAAACUGAAUUGAAGGCCCUUUUGAUGUCUUAGCAUGCUAUUUUUUUAAUGACUAACACCAUGCCUUAAAAAGAUUAUUUGAUUUCUAUAGUCUGAA